AUGGUGAGUGGAAAUUCGAAUGAACCAAAUUGGAGGGGUCACUGGGAAAAGAUUCCCCUGAGGAAAAAUUGCUGCCGUGGCAACAACAGCAGCAGCAACAACAACAACAGCAGCAAAAACAGCCAGAACAAUAACAAUAAUAAUAAUAAUAAUAAUAAUAAUAAUAAUAGUAACAACAACAACCAGAACAACAAUGCGGGACAACAAAAUGAGAAUCAAAGCAACCUGAUUAUAAUGGACGAGUGGGGGGUGGGGCCACCACCAGUCCAAAGCAGUAUUAUGAACAAUCAGGAGAAGAUCGAAAAGGAGGCCAAUCAAUUGGUCAGGAGGAGCUCAAGGGGCAAUGAAAAGAUGAAUGAAAUAAAAAUGACACAGGUAGACGAAGAAGAAAAAAAAGAAGAAGUGUACAAAACCAUGUAUGAAGUAAACAGUUAUUCGGAGGCGAAUUUUUUUAACUGUGAUUCUAUCCCAUGGAUAUCUUCUUUUUUUCAGUUGAAGGAUGAUGAUUUCACCAUUUUUGGUACGACGCUAAAGAAAAGAAACAUUUUUAAAAGAUGCUUUCAACGUAUUCAUAAAAACAGGAGGAGGAGGUGUAUGUCCUUUAAUCCUUAUAGAGUACCACUUGUUUGCAAAAAAGCAGCACUAGAAGAAAUGCUCAUAUCUGAACCAAAAAUGAAAAAAAAAAAAAAAAAAAAAGAAAAAAAAAAAAAAAAUCCUAUGAUGCUUUAUGGCUAUUUUUAUAAAAAAUUUCUCAUGAGAGGGAAAAAAAAUAACUGGCUAGAAACGCACGCAUAUCAUUCUAGAAGAUUUCAUAUGACGAGUAUUUAUGGAUAUAAACUUGCUUUAAAAAACUGCAGUAAAAUUAGUAGGAGGAUUUUCAGGUAUAGCAAAAGAAAGGUUCUAAUUCAUGACAUGUCUUAUGUGGAGAUAAUUCAGUUAACUGCUAAUGAGAAGGUCUUAAUUAGCUUAUUGAAAAAGUGUACAAACGCAGAACAGGUAAAUUUACUAAGAAGAAAAUAUUACCUAGGAAUAUGCCUAGGAAAGAUUUUUAUUUAUGAUCCAAAUGAGGAUGCACCUUUUUUUACCAAUAGGAAAAAUGGUAAUUCGGUGAGUGAAGACAAUUUUUUUAACGCAAAAAAGGCGCUCAUUUGUCCCGCCUACUUUUUAUGGCGAUCCGAGCUGAAUCCAAAAAUGUAUUUGAAAAAAAAUAAUAAUAAAAAUAAAAAAAACAUAACAGAAAAAAUAAAAUUGAACCCCCCUAACAUUAUGGGAAAUGAAAGAAAUGAAGAUGUUGAUAAUGAUAGUAAACCAAAACCAAAUAGACAACAAAAGUGCAGUUACGAAGAAAAUAAUAUAAGAGACAUAUGGAUAUUCGUACACCCUUUGUGUUUACAGAAAGUUAUGCAAGUUUUUCAAAAUAUGCAUUCAGAAGUUAAAAUAAAACAUGUAAAUAAUAUCUGCAUGUAUGAAUUAAUUGGCCCCAAAAGUUUCCCACUGCUUGUAAAUAUUUUAAAAAUAAAAAAUAAACAUGCUGUGCAUGACCAAGACGCCCUUUAUCAUUAUAAUUAUGAAAAUAUAACACUUCCUUAUGACUUUGUAAUUCCUCUUUACGCGUUAUUGCCCAAAACCAUAGGUCCAUUCCUUCUGAAUUAUAAGGCAAAUGAUUAUAGUAAAGUUCAACAUUAUGAAAGCUUGUAUAACGUCCCAAAAGUUGCAGACGAAAAUAAUUCGACCAAGGUCGAACACAAUAAUAAUAGCAAGGGCAAAGGGAACCAUCGAUCAAAAUUAUUGGAAAACAAAAGUGAUUAUAUCAAAAAUGCUUUGGACUAUUUGAGCAAACAAAAUGGAGGCAAAAUGUUAAAAGCUGCUCAUUUCAGCCCAUAUGAUAAUAACAUACUAAUGAAUGAAAAAAUAAAACAAAAUGUAAUAAAACAUAUAAAAUAUAACAAAUAUGAACAUAUUAGGAGUUCCAAAAGAAAAAAGGUAAAGACAUCUAUAUUGAAGAUGCUUAAAAAUAACAAAAAUAUUCAGAGCUAUGAUAUAAUUAAGGAGAAAAAAAAAUUAGGGUUCAUACCAGGAGGUGAUAUGCACACAUUCGAAGGGGAUUCCUUUCAACAAUUUGGCAUUUCAGAUGUAGAUGGAAAAGGAGAACAAGAAAACAAUCUGAACAAUAAUGUUAACAUUAAUGAAGCAAAGGGGUAUGAAAAUGAAAAGGUGGUGGAAGCGUCUAGUAUUAUCAUGUAUCAACUAGACAAUAAAGAAUAUUCACCCCAAAUGGAGGAAAAAAAAAAAAAAAAAAACACAAAACAAAACGAAUGCCUUACUUUAAAUGAGAUCAUAAAUAAAAGUAACAUACACGAUAAAAAUACUAUACAGAAUUAUGUAGACGAAUUCUUACAAAAAUCGGAUGAAUUGAAUAAUAAAAAUCAGAAGAUAAAAAAAGGAAAUGAAGGAAAUGCACUAUACAAUGAAGUGAAAAAAACGAAACUUAAUAUUUCGCAGAAUUGUAAAAGGUACAUUAAAAUCCCCAUUAUUGUUAUAAAUCAAACAUAUAACAAUAAUCAGAGAUAUUUCAUUCUUUGCCCUGCUAAGAAGAAAAGUUCAAUCUUAUUCCAACUGUUAGUACGUAAUGGAUCCAUAGCUAUAGGCCUAAAAGAAAGAGAAAAAAUUCUCAAGUGUUCAGAUUUUUUAUGCUAUCCAAAAGAUUUCCCAGAUUCCUUUGGGGGAAUAUUAUACAAUAAUAUGAGAGAAGAAUUAUCAAAAAAGAAAUAUUUUAAAAAGCCAGUGAGGAAGAGAAUCAAUUAUUAUUGUUUAGGUGUACAUAACCCAUUUAACUACUCCUGGUUUUGUAUAUACUCAUAUAAUAGUCACAUUAGAAUUAUAAGAACAACUGAUUCGUAUAAUCAAUUUUUAGUCAGAACCUUUUUACACCGUUUUAUAGAUAUAUCGUUAAAACGAAUUUGUCUUAUCAACACGCUGGAAAAUUUUCACAAUUUCAUACAUGAGUUUAAAUCAAAAUUUGCUGUUUUCUCAAAUUACUUUAUUUCUGUUUAUGUGCAUGCGUAUAGAGAAGGUAUACCCAAGAGACUAACGCAUGUUUGUUCCCUUACUGUGAAGCAGUUGAUUAAGUUUUUUGUGAAACAUGGUGAUACGAGAAAAAUGACAGAAUGGAUGACGCAUAAGCGAAGUGUUAACAAAAGUAGGAAUAACAACAAAAUAGAAAAAAUGAAAGAGCCCAUAAUUCGUAAAUAUAAAAACAAAGUAAUGAAGAGAAAUACAUCUGUUGAAGAUCAGAGAGAAACGCAGAUAUAUCAAUUAACAGAAAGAAGAAAUGACAACAAUUGUGAAAAAAACAACAUCGAUGAAAUAAUUUUAUCCUCAAAAAAGAUAAUUGGUUACGUUUCAAGUGGAGGACAUGUACUAUCUAAGGGUCGUGGUUAUGGAAUUGCACAUAUCUCCUUUUUCUACCUUUUGGAGAAUUUGCUUAAUCAUAUAUUUGUCUUGAAGCUAUUGGCAAUAGAUAAAAUCAGGAUAAACGACAGGGGAAAGGAAUUUCCAUUUUUGGCACUUAUCAGAAAUGUCAAUUCGGUGUAUUAUUCGCAUGUUUGGCUAGCUUUAAUAACAGAAGAUAAAUACUUACCCUUUUAA